CGGGCCGGGCUUGGCGAAGGGGGGGGGUAGAUCCCCGCCUCCUCGGGGCUCCGGAAACCGGCGCUGCCGCUGCUUCUGCUGCUGCUGCUGCUGCUGCUGCUCGACAAGAAGUUGGUGCGGAGGACACAGCCCGGCUCGGCCCGGCUCGGCUCGGCUCGGCAUGCCCGGCCGCCCGGAGCCGCGCUGCGCAGCGGGACGCCGCCGGCCGCGGAGCCCCUGAGGAGCACCCCCGGCCCCUGCCCCGCCAUGGAGCAAGAUACAAAGGAGGAGGUCUCAGAGAAACCAAAGCCUGCUCCAACCGCAGAGAAAUUCGGCUGGAUUAAGAAAAGCAGUGGGGGACUCCUGGGACUGUGGAAGGAUCGUUACAUCCAGCUACGGAAAACGCAGCUUGUGGUCUUUGAGGAUGAGGAUGAACAGAAAUGCAUAGAAACAGUGGAACUGGAGAGUUAUGACAAGUGCCAGGAAGUGCGUGCACUACUAAAAAAGAAAAACCGUUUCAUUUUAAUCCGCUCACCGGGUAAGAAGGUUCAUGAUAUCAAAUUUCAAGCUCCAACUCUGGAAGAAAAGGAAUCGUGGAUAAAAGCUCUUAAUGAAGGGAUCAAUAGAGGCAAAAACAAAGUAUUUGAUGAGGUGAAAGUAGACGAGAGCCUUUCCUUGGACCAUGUAACUCGGGACAGAGUGAAAAUGACCCAAGGUCGCCGGCCACCCACAAGAAGCCACCUAAAGGAGGCUGCCAAGUCUACGUCAGAUGGUAUUCUGAGACUAGAUCUGGAUAUAGUAGACAAUGGACCACCCAACUUUGACUCCACUAUCAGCGAAAGUGACAAUUUGCCACCUCAGAAAGAAACUCCAAAGCCACCUAUGCCACCUACAAAACCCACGGGCACAAAAGAAAACCAAGAUGCAGAGAACAGCGCUUCUGACCAGGAACAUAAAACGCCUCUGCCUCCAGAUAAGAAGCUUAAGGAAGGCUUAGCAUCGAAGGACGAUGUAAAUGCCAAGGAAGAGGACUCUGUAAGCAGAGAGGAGAAUGUGGAAGAAUCCAACGCACCAGGUGAGGAGAACAGAGAGAAACUUGCUGAGCUCAGCAGCAAGGGCACAUCAAAACCUCCAGUUCCUCUUCCUAAGAAUGUGCCAGACAAGCUAAAAGUGGCUUGGGACCAACCAGUCUCUGAACUUGAAAACACAGAAGACUUGAAAUCAUCAGGAGACAGUAGCAAAGACAGCCUUGCGGAGACUGCUGCUGCAGAUGUCACAAAGCCUCCUGUUCCUCCUCCUAAGAUUCUGUCAGAAAAAAUGAUAGCCACUAUGAACUCCAGCCACGGCGACCUGGAAGCUGGGGGGUUGGAAGAUCUGGGGUCUGGCAGCUCCAAGCCCCCGGUGAACGGCGUCGAAGCCAGUGAAGUAGCAGAGACCACAUCCCCAACAGCUGAAACUAAAGAAGAAAACGGGAGAACCUUGGCUGAGAAGGAACAGCAAAGUUCAGCAGAACAGAGACCGAGUUCCUUAGCUUCAGAAACAGGCCAGGAGAGUGUAAAAGCAACUACUGAGAAGAAAACCUCUGUAGAAAACACUUCAGGCCUCAAACUUCGCAGUUCGUCUCUGGGAGACUUGCUGUCAGAUUCCAAAAAUACCCAGACAGCACUUCCAGGUCAAGGUUUCCCCAAGGAUUCCCAUCACUGCUUAGCUAAAAUGGAGGAGAAAGUUGCUAGCGAAAGGGAAAAGGCAGAAAAACUUCUGCAGAAGGUUUUACGUGGAGGGCUGGAACAGGUCCAGGAGGGGAACGGACCCCCAGUGAUGGCAGAGACAUUACUCAACGAGGCGGUAGAACAACUUCGGCAAGCUACGCAAGUCUUGCAAGAAAUUAAAGGUCUUGGAGAACUGAAAAAAGAAGCAGCACAGAAACAGAAAGAAAAGCAAAAGGAUCUAGUGACUCUUUAUAGGAGAAGUGCUCCCUGACACACUCUUCAGAGAGACUUGGUUUUCAAAAUCAAAGCUAAACAUUUGCCAUUUAUGAUUUGUACCAUUGCUAGGCCAGUGUUCAAAAGGUGGUGUUUUGCUGUGCAUGCACCAUGUUUAUGGGACAGAACUGAGCUUUCAGUUACAGCCUCUUCCUCUCUUUCUUCAUGCUGUACGUACCAGUCCGGUUCUAAUCCUCGCAUCACAGCAGAAGGUUACAGGACAUUGAACAGCUUCGAAAAUGUGAAUGCUCUUUAGGGACUUGGUCCAAAGUACUUUCAAAUCAAUGGAUCAGGCCUUAAAAAUUUCUGGUAAUCAAACCGAGUCAGAAUUUUGAAAGGAGCAGAAUGGUUUCUCUAGCAAAAGCCCCCGUCCGUCUGUAUUUACAAGCAGAUACCAGAUUACACUGGCACCUAUCCGGUUUUCCCACUUCAAUCAUUUAAAGAUAAAUGCAGUCAGAGAAUAUUUUACUUUGUUUAUACACUUGCUGGCAAGGUUUCCUGGAGCACCUGGCCCAGUGACAUCUAGGAAUGUAAGGAUAAAUGGCUUAAGCUUCUCCGAGGAUGCUCGUAAAACCACAUCCACACUUAGUGACCGCACGCAGAGGCAAGCAAAACUGGCCAGCUGCUGGCUACGAGGAGUGUCCUCAGAUCUAGGCACUCUUCUGAGUCCAGCCAGGCAAUGCUUUACGUGGGCUAAGCACUGUGUAAAUGAAUGCAAGUUUCAAUGCAUCAUUGCCAGGCACGUAUUAAUUGUUCCUGUUUCAUUACCAGGGAAACUGAGGCAGAGAUACAGAGCAGGUUACACUUGGCCUUUGAAGAAGCGUGUUGCAGCAGCACCACAUGCUUAUUUUUAAGGACCAUACCUACCUGAUAACUCUGAAUCCCUGCUUUGUAACUGGGAACAAUUAGCCAGAUGCUUGGACGGCUUGUGUCCAGGAGAUGCCCAGGGGCUUCGCAGGAGAGCCUGUCUUUAAGAAGCUCAUUUGUUACUGAUGUACAUUCCCUUAGCUGUUGGCUCUCUGUUGUGGGAUGCUAACUGAUAGGAGCACGCAUCUCAGGCAGCUGGUCUGGAUGAGACCCUCGUCCUAUGUAGCAGGUUUCUACCUGCUGUGUCCUGGCUAGCCUGCGAGCCACGGUUUGGCACAGACAUCUGUAAUUGGAGUACGGAGGGAAAGGCAUUUUGUGCGCACAACUUUGGGGCUGGUCCCUGUGGCUUAAGUAUAUGAAAAUAAAAGUGCAUUGCUACGUAAGGGGCUGAGGAAAGCAUUGCAGGAGGCUCUGGCACAAUUCCCACAGCUCCCCCACCCACCUGCUGAAAGCAAACACAAUUCCCAUGGUUUCUAGUGAUUAAAGUUCUGAUAAAAUCAUGUCUUUGCACCGCUGCUGUACAGUGCUGUACCUGAGCUAAGUUCCCUCUCCUGUUCCCUACAGUUUUUGCUCUCAGGAGAAUCGUAUGACAUCCUGAAGGGCUUCUCCUUUGCUUAAACCAGACUCUGGAAGCACAGAAAAGGAUGAUCUUUCCAGACUGGUUUUAAGGAGUGACGUGCUACCUUAUCUUUUUCCUCUCAUUGUCAGCACUUCUCUUCUGUUAUUCUUUGUACAAUUCCCCAGGUUCCACAAGGCUGCAGUGGGCUGCAAACACCUCCCUUUGCAGCAGCCCAGUAAAGCUUCAUCCGCACCUCUUCUUAGGCUAGCCCAUGUGCUCUUCAGCUCUGAGCAGAGAAAUGUUGUCUUUGGGCUUCCAAAUACCCUGUUUUUCACCACCCAGAGCCAUCAAGAUAGGUAGUGAGUGACUAGAGCUGUUGCUUCCAUAUCUUUUGAUUUUGAUUAAAGCAGCCAGGGUGGUCUGUCCCCCUCUCAAGACAGCUGUAGACAAUGCGUGGAAAAUCACUUCUUAUUCUCUCACGUGGGAGGUUCUACACGGUCAGACACUCAGGGCCCAGGUGCCACAAAAGCUUUGCUUUGAGACAAAAAGAUUCCUGUGUCCUAAGCCCACUGCCAGGCACACAGCCUGGAGCAAACUCUGGAUCUGUGUAAUUUGCUGCUGUAGACUGAAUGUGAACCGUGGGUCCUACUUGCCUUUCAGAUGUUUUUAGGACAAGGGCUAAUCAUAUAGACAAUACUCUGUGCCUAUCUGCUAUCUAAAUGUAUUUUUCUGCAUGUGCACUUUUGUUUACCGAACACUGUGUGGUAUGAAUGUGAGCUGUCAGAACCUGGUGCGCACUGGAAGUCGAGGGACAUCAGCUUCAGAGCGCAGGCAGGCAUUUGCAGGAUGCGGGUCUGUAAGAAGAGAGAAACCAGAUGGGGAGAAGAAGUUCACACUAACAGGAAGACACAUGAACCAGGGCAAACUCCGGGUGCAGGUUCAUAUCCAAAGUGGAAGCCAGUCCUGACCUCCAGGAUGGGCAAAUCAAAGCCUGGAACUGAAAACUCAUGAGAAUGGAGAUAACUUACGGGAGGGUCAGUCCCCUAAUGCAUAUACAAAUGCUUCUGCUCUCACGGGUGUUUCUUGUGGCAGUGUGUUCUGUGGAUACCGUCUGGCAAAGCGCUGAUGAAGAUAGCGAGAUAUCCCUAUCUGUUACAGCCAAACCUACAGGAUGUGCUUAUAUUUACUGUAUAUUUUUAUAUAAUACUGGAUAUUCUAAUGAAUAAAUGUCUGACAUUUUACUGAAUACCCAUCAGUAGGAAUCUUAACAGAAAAAAAAAAAAAAGCAACCCUAUUUGUUAGGAAGUGAGCACAUUAAAUCAUUUUACAAGCUACAGCUAAUGACAGUUUUUGCUGUACUAACAGAACUUAGCAGAUGUGUAUAAUUUCUUGUAAAUAGGUAUAACUUAAGUGGAAUCUCCAUAGCACCCGGUAACUCUACUGCUGAAAGCAGUCCGUUGGAGACUUUUAAACUAUUUUUUCUAGCAGGGUUAGCAGUUUCAUCCUAAAAUGUCUAGCCCAGCCGUAAGCCUGAUCCACCGGGACUUUCCAGAAAACAACGGAUCACGUUGCUUCUGCAGUUUUCCCACUUGUUCUUCUCAUUCUGGUCAUAAGCUGGGCUCUGCCUAAGGCAGGAGGGUGGGCUACCCUGUAGCUGCCUUCUGGAGAGCUUCUAGCUGCUCCCCUGCAAAUGGCAGCGCUGGUCACAGUCAGAGAUGGGAUCCUGGUCUGAUAAGCCUCUGCUCUGACCUCCUACAGCACCUCCCAGCUUCAGCGUACAUCCUGCCACCACGCACUUUUUUGUUUCUCCCCUUAACCAUCUGAUUUCCGGCUGCACGAAGGCUGCUUUCUUGUGCCUGGGAACCCUGUGGGCACGGAGCGCUGGGGUGUGAGUCUGUGUUUCAGGCUGUGCCACCAGGUUACAUUUGUGACAGGAAGGAAGUGAACUUGCAAGCAAGCAAAUGUGGAUGACUAUCUGAAAAGCAGCUGCUGCAGCCAGUGGAAAGGCAGCACUUUGUCUCCUGCUUGUAACGAGCUUUGAGAUUUGGCAAUAAAACCCCCUUUUAAAUA